GGCACGACCAAAGGCACGUGGUCGGAAGAAGAGGACAAACGGCUGAAUGAGGCCGUACAGGAGUUCGGCCCUGCCUGGAUCAACGUAGUCAAGACGGUCAUGGCCAGAGGUGCGGACCAAUGUGCCAGCAAUCGGAGUCAGGUGCUGGACCCCGGCAUCAACCAUUACGGCCGGAGGCCGACAGAAGACGGCCGCCUGCUCCACGAGGUGCUGACGCACGGGACGAACUGGGCCACCAUUUCCAUCUCACACUCGCCCAAGCGGACCACAUCGGCGCUCAAGAGCCGC